AUGUGGCCUCGCGGUGACGUCAGGGCCAGAUGUUUCCCCAGACCACGCCCCGCAGGGGUCCGGGCCGCUCCGAGCAGCGAUAACGGGGAGAGCUUAUUCCGCUGUCACCGCGCCAUGCAGGGGCUGGGGAAGCCGCGUCGUUAUCGUGUGACGCGCUCGAAAACGCAGCAUUAAUUCACGCUCCAAGCAACAGGCUGCCGGUGCCGGGAUCUAUCUGCUCGUCUUUUCCUUCUUCCAUUGGACUUCAGCGCUUUUUUGAUCUAAGGACAAGCUGGGCGUGAUCGUCACGAACAGGGUGCGUUUUUGAUGGCUGCUAGGUCAGGCUGGACUUCUCCACAGAGAUCUUCAGAAAUAAGGAAGGGUCUGCUUGCAUAACCUUUUUUUUUUUUUAACAGAAGGAAAAGUGCCUUUUUCUCACCUCUUCUGUUUGGAUUUCUUUUUGAACUUAUGAAAAAUGGCAACGGCAGCAUACGUGGAUCAUUUUGCAGCAGAAUGCCUUGUUUCUAUGUCCAGUCGUGCUAUUAUCCAUAGUCCCAAAGGGGAGACUGAUCCCCAGCCUGAUGUCACAAUGUGUCCUUCGUCGAAUGGAGAGGAGAAGUGGGAAGUCAGAGAGACUGGGAAGGACAAUGGAUCGUCGCUGAUGGUGGUAGCCAGCAUUUUAGCAGAUCUGAACCAGCACGUCCCAAACUCACCCGCUUUCAAAAGGGAAAAAACAGAGACCUUUGAUAUCACAGAAAAAAUACACAUUUCUAUCACUCCUAAGGAGUUUGGGGAAGAAAGUGUGUCUUCGGCUAGUAAGCGUGGAGGAGGAAAAGCAACCACACCUACUAGCCUGGCUGCAGUAACUGAGCCAAGCCCAAGACAAAAGAACAAACGCGGGAGAAGCUGGACUGACCCUGGAUCACCCCAGAAAAAGCACAAAUGCCACUAUGUGGGGUGUGAAAAAGUUUAUGGCAAAUCUUCCCAUCUUAAAGCUCAUCUAAGGACCCACACAGGUGAGCGGCCUUUUGAAUGCAGCUGGCAGGAAUGCAACAAGAAGUUUGCUCGCUCUGAUGAACUGGCCCGCCAUUACCGCACUCACACUGGAGAAAAGAAGUUCAGCUGCCCUCUCUGCGAGAAACGCUUCAUGCGCAGCGACCAUCUGACCAAACAUGCCCGUCGCCAUGCCAACUUCCACCCGAGCAUGCUCAAGAGACGAAGUGGGAGUAAUUCAAGAACAGGGUCUGUCAGUGACUACAGCCGCUCAGAUGCCUCAAGUCCAACGAUGAGCCCUGCCAGCUCCCCGUAGACCUACCUGCACUGGAUGUCAGCACUUUGCCUCUAAUGCCUAACGCGGAGUUCUGUUUGUGUUGCACACAUUUUAAAGAUCCUAUCGCUUUCCCUCCUCAAUUCUUCCCUGACCCCUACUUUUUAUAUAUAUAUAUAAAAUCAGUAAAUAGCUGCCUCCCACUGCAAUUUUCAGUCACAUUUUCUUCACCCAACCACACAGCGGCCAUUCUAACCUCAUGGACGUAAUGACGGACUUACAUGUUCCACUUAGUGACUCCUGCUGUCUCAAUAUUUCAUACAUUUUACAACCACAAACAGAUCCUCUUGAUUAUUCUUUAUAAGAAAAUGAGAAAAUCUAAAAAAGAAAAAAAAAAAUUAAUUCACCUCAGGUGUCAAAAGUAGUUUUGUAAGACCAGAUUGCACAACAUGAACAUACAUAACACUUACAAAUCAACUGUGUUGGAUGGUGUCCCCCUUCUCCUUUCUCAGGGAUGGAUAUUUAUGUUACACAAUAACUACAAUGAAGACACACCCUAACCGCAGCCUUAUUCUGUAAAUAGAUUUGCACUCAGAAGCUUUUUGUUAGGUUCUUUCACACACUGGGGAAAAAAAAAAACAACAGACAAUACAAAAACCAAACCAGUACUGGAAUGUAGUACCAGACUCUUCUAUUGUUUGUAUUCCUGGCUAUACAUCUGCACCGGGGAGCAUCUAAACAGGAUCUUCUUUCUUGAAACUGCCCUCUGCUUUUGACAGCAAGCUACCUUCUCCCGUCACGAUGAAGAGGCUCCCAAACCAACUUCCUAUUCCAAAAAUCUCCAUGGAAUUGAUAAACUACUAAUUAUUUUUGUUUUAUGCCAGAUAAAAUUCUGAGCAAAUAAUUCUAAACAAGAUGCCUUAAGUAAAUAAUGUAAAUCACGAGGAAACGCGUUUACACUGGGUAACACUGUAUUACAAAGUGACACGGAAUCUCAGAGGCAUUCUUUUUUCUCCAAGUUCUUAAGCUCUCUGCACUGUGGAGCAGCAGGGACCAGCAGAACACUCAAACCAAACCACACUGACUUGAAUGAUUUUCUUUAUCCUUUUUUUUUUUUUUUUUUUUAAUUAUUUGUUUUAACUGAACUACGGAAAUAGAGUAACUGAACCAAUGCCCAUCACUGGUUUAUCAAGGUACUUACCUUCUGUACAGUUGUAUCUUAGUAAGACAAAUUGCUUAAGACGGCCUCUGUUUCCUGUUGUAUCGCAAUCAUGGUCACUGAUAAAAGGAAGAGAAAAUUGCAAGGUAUUCUGACUACAAAAAUAAAAUAUGCAUUUCUAGGUGUUACAAAAAAAAAG